UGGCUGUGAGCAGGGAGUCUCCUCCCACUGAGUCCCGGAAUAAGGAAGAGAUUUCGCAGAGAGGAAAGUCUGUUGACAGCAGAAAUCACACCCGGAUUACAAACAAGUUUGAACAUUUUUUGUCUAUUGAAUUCACCUCGGAUCGUAUUGUAGUGCUUCGACCUUGCAGGAGCCCUCAAGGUAUGGAAUAUGGCAACGACUGAAACGCAGUUCAUGUUAAGCGUCGGGUUAAUCGAGAAAGAUGUGAAUGGAGACACGCUGUGGGUGUGGUGUUAUCCAUCUGUGGGCUCCGAACUGAGACAAGUCCUGCUCAGUAAGUGCUGUCUGACACAGGAUGGCCGAAAUUUCCACACCUUUGUGUUUGGUCAGUUCUGUCGUACGUGGUACUACAUCACCACAGCGGAGGUGCAGGAACCUACAGCACUGAACAAGGUCACCCAUUUUUCCAUAGUUGUUACAGCAAAAGACUUCAACCCUGAGAAGUAUGCAGCACUCAGCAGAAUACUCUGCAGGAUGUACAUCAAACAUGGCAGUCCAGUGAAGAUGAUGGAAGCCUACAUCGCCGUCCUCACCAAAGGAAUCUGUCAGAGUGAUGAAAACGGCUCGUUUCUCAUUAAGGAUCAUGAUGUUCGGAAAGCGUACUUGGCAGGUUCAAUCAAAGAUGUGGUGUCUCAGUUUGGCAUGGAGACGAUCAUCCUGUACACCGCUCUGAUGCUGAAGAAGAGGAUCGUCGUCCAUCACCCUCGGAUUGAAGCGCUGCUGGAGUUUACGAGAGUUCUGCCGGCGCUGACCUGGCACAGGAAAGACUGGUCCAUCCUGCACCCAUAUGUGCACCUGACUGAUGCUGAGCUGGAGGAUUUAAAGAAAUGUCCUGGAUACAUCGCAGGAUUUGUAGAUCCAGACGUGAGCAACAGAUCGGACUUGUUCGAUGUGUUUGUGAACCUCUCAGACAGUGUCAUCACAGUAUCCCAGAGCGCCAAAGAAGCCAUGGCGAUGGGGAAGUUGCACAAGGAGAUUGGGCAGCUGAUCGUUCAGUCUGCAGAGGAUCCUGAGAGGUCAGACAGUCAGGUCAUUAAGGACAUUUCUGUCAAGACAAAGGAGAUCCUUGCCAACCUGGUUGCCCUGGCUAACGAGUGUGAAGACUCUAAAAUCACUCUAGAAGGUUUAAAGCAGCGUCAUUUCCCUCCGGCCACAGAGAACUUCCUCUUUCAUUUGGCAGCUGCCGAGCAACUCUUACGGAUAUAAACAUGUUUUCAGGUGCUCUACUGCAGGGUGGCAUCAGUGAGCAUCCUCUUCAUUACGGUUUCCUGAAAGCCACUUUCUUACAGAGAUCUUAAUGUGAGGAAAGAAAAGUGUCACUAGCAUCAGGUUUGAUCAAAGUGGCUCUUGUAACAGCAGGACCACAGAACAAGAGGGUAAGCUUGGCAGAAUUCAACAAUUUUAUGGCCAACAAAUUCCAUGAAAAGACCAAAACCAAAUGCAUCCAAAGCCUGAUAGUGUAUCUUCCCUGUGCCAUAGAGCUUCACUGUUUCCAUAAAGUUGCAAAAGCACAAGCAAAUGGCACAUCUGUCAGUGUGAUGAACUGGACUGUGGACAAAAAGAACGAGGGGUGAAGAUCUGACGGAGAACUCGAGGACGCUCCACAUACCAUAGUGACCUGUCAAUCACGAUAGCUCUACCAGAAAGCAUACCGAGUCUGUUUCGCUCUGAACAAGAGCGUGAUUUAUUAUAUUCAUAAAGUCUGAAAACGAGCAACUGAGACGAUAAAGUCACUGGAAAAAUGUUUUCUUGAGUAACAAAUCAAGUGAACAGUAGGUUCAUUUUCUCAUAGGUUUCUAUACAGUCGGACUCCUUUUUACUUUAUCAGGUGCUGCCGCCUGCUGGUCGUUAGAAAGAAUGUAUGUUUAAGGCACUUUCAUAUUCCAUCCACUUCUCAGACCUAUAUUUAAUCUACUUACCAUGUGACUCUCACAUAACGCUGUAAUAAUACACAACUGAAAGUAGUUCCCUACAAAUGCACUACUGGUUGGCUUUUAGGUAGUGUUUUGUGAAGUCCUCGGUGCCCAGCUGUUUAAAGAAGCUACUAAGCCUUUUUAAAAUAUGAAAUGAUCCCUACAUUUUAAAUCCCCUUUUGAUACAUACUGCAGCUUGAAGUACACACAGAUGCAUGCAUACAAUUGGAACAUAGUACUUCGUCAUAACAUUGCACCUUGCUCAUACAUCUGUUGCAAUCUCAGCAGCUCAAGUUUGUUACACCGUGAUAUGACUUCUGUCUGCUGCACAAAGCAUUGUGGGUGAGAAUGGGCAGAAAAGCAUGAGGUCUUGUAUACUGCAAAAUGCGACGGGAUGUCACAGGACAGCCUGGUGUAGCUGGCAUACUGCAUUUGACAUAGUAUGUAUUGGGACACACUAAAUCUUUAUUUGGCAUGCUACAUAGAGUCACCCAUGUAAUGGAUUAAUUUCAAUACCCAGAACUGUUUUCAGUCAUGCUACAGACUUGCUUUGGGCUGACUGCUGCAGACAUAAAGAUGAACGAGUGCAGUGUUGGUUAUGGUCUUUUCAUAGGAUUUGUUGACCAAACUACAAAACAAUGCAAGUGUCAUCCUCUAACAUUUGCAGACAUGGGCAAUAAGGAGCUGCAGUUUUUGUCUGUAAGACUGUGGAGUAAAGACAAAUGAGCUGAUCAGCUGGUACAUCUGCCAGUGUUUUCCAGAUGUUCUCUCCACAGUGCAAACUUCCAAACAUCACAAAUCUUGGAUGAAAUUAGUGAGUGUCCACUGUGAAGAGUCUCACCCUAAUACACCACCGUUCAGAAGUUUGGGGUCACUUAGAAAUGUCCUUAUUUUUGAAGAAAACAUUAAAUUAAUCCUAAAUACAGUCUAGACUUUGUUAAUUUGGUAAAUGACUAUUCUAGCUGGAAACGGCUGAUUUUUAAUGGAAAAUCUACAUAGGGGUACAGAGGAACAUUUCCAGCAACCAUCACUCCUGUGUUCUAAUGCUACAUUGUGUUAGCUAAUGGUGUUGAAAGGCUAACUGAUGAUUAGAAAACUUGUGCAGUUAUGGUAGCACUUGAAUAAAAAUGAGUUUUCAUGUCUGGGUGACCCCAGACUUUUGAACAGCAGUGCAUGUCUGAAAUAACCCAGAUGUGACGAGCACUUACUAUUAAUUAGUUGGUAGAAACUGCGUUGUACGUGGUCAUCGAAUCGCAGCUACAACAGACAUUGCACACAUUUUAUUUUUUGUUUGUUUUUCUAACAGUGUCACAUUUUCUAUUUUACUAAUGACAUUAGUGCCAAACAACUGAAAUACAAGUGAACUGAGUCGUGCCAUGAGGCUUUUUCAAACACACUUUUCUAAAAAGGUUCAGAUGGUUGAUGCUUCCAUAUCCACAUCAAGCUUCACUCACCAGCCUCUUUAAAAGGUGUGAAAUGUACUUCAGUCCAGUGGAACAGCUGUGCCACAAAUUCUACUUCUACCUUACUUUCUUCUUCUUUUUUUUAAAUUCUACUUUAUUAUCGAGGCCAUGGUGGUUGGCAGCGCUUACUGUACUGUAUUACAUUGAAAAGUGUUCCUAAUAUUUUUAAUUUUAUAAGUGUACCUGGUAAAUUGGCCGGUGAGUGUAUGCUGCAUUAUAUGUCUCACUGUUCAGGGUCUGUUUUUAAUUCAGUUAGAUUCCUGUUGAGUCUAUUUUCUGCCACAUUGCCAAACAGAUGGUUUUGUGUCAAAGUAUUUUCAGAUCUCAGCGAGAAUACAGAAACACUCAUGUAACUUUCAAACUAAAUGUAUUUUCAUGAUGUAAGAUUUGCUAUAUCUAUAAAUACAUCUAAUGUUCCAACUAAAUAAAUUUACUAUCAAAAGUA